AUGUCCAAGACUGGACCUGACAGCAAGUCAGCGCCAAAGCACCCAUAUCUCUCUGGCAACUUUGCGCCUGUUAAUACAACAUGUCCUCCCACGCCUGUCUCAUGGACUGGCCGAAUUCCAGAAGAGCUGCUGGGCGGCAUGUAUGUCCGUAACGGCGGCAAUCCCGUGACCAAUUCCGACCUGGGGCGUGAGGCACAUUGGUUCGACGGCGAUGGCAUGCUCGCAGGAGUGUGGUUCAGUCGCUCUCAAACCGACCCUACGAAGCCCAUUGUCAACUUUGUUAACCAGUUCAUCCUUACCGAUGUGUAUCGCACCGCCGUUGAAAACCCGACACUCCGCACGCCUAUCCUGCCUAGCAUCGCGACACUUGUCAAUCCUGCAUCCAGCUUAUUGCUCAUCCUCUGGCGCAUUCUGCGUACUGUAUUGAUCGUCUUCUGGACCCAUAUCUCAGGUUCUGCACGCGCCAUCAAGCGAAUCAGCGUCGCCAACACCAGCAUAUUAUACCACGAUGGACGUGCACUGGCAACAUGCGAGAGUGGGCCACCAAUGCGCAUCGCGUUGCCAAGCCUGGAGACAGUUGGCUGGUUUGAUGGAAAUCGUGCCGAAGGCGAAGCUGCGCCUCACGACCGGGACACCGAUGAUGGCGACAAGGGUGAAGCUUUUGGUGGAACUGGCUUACUGAGCUGGAUGAAAGAGUGGACAACGGGCCACCCCAAAGUCGACAAAGUAACCAAUGAGAUGGUUCUUUUCCAUUGCAACUUCGUCGCGCCUUAUGUCCACUAUUCCUUGCUCCCGGCUAAAGGCUCGAUCGCGACGAGAACCAGUUCGGAAGGAAACAGAAUCAUCAAUGCAGCGGUCCCCGGGUGUUCUGGCGGACGGCUCAUGCACGACUUCGGUGUGUCCCGACACAACACCGUCAUACUCGACUUGCCGCUCUCCCUUACCCCAUUGAACCUGGCGAAGAACAAGCCUAUCGUCUUCUACCAGCCCGAAAAGCCUGCCAGGUUCGGUGUGUUUCCCCGGAGACAUCCUGAACUAGUACGAUGGUUCGAGACAAGAGGUUGCUGUAUACUUCACACAGCCAACACUUGGGAUGAGUACAACAGCACCGGGGAUAUAUCAGCCGUCAGCAUGCUAGCCUGUCGGCUAACUUCCGCAUCUCUGGUUUUCAGUGCCGGCAACAUCGAACCUCCCCCACAUCCAGAUCGCAAGGAAACAGUGCGUAGCAAACCCAUGUCUUUCUUUGCCAAGUACGAUGACGAAGAACAUGAGCAAGAUCUUGAGAAACCUCUCUUGGAUGAAACUUCACCUUUGCUGGUACGCCGCGAUGAACCAGAGUCCUCGAGGGCGCAUCACAACAUCCCCAUAUCGCAUGACGACGAAGAACAAUGUCGGCUAUAUUACUACCAAUUCUCUCUCGCUCCGGGCUCUUCUAACACCAUCACCCAUGAGUUUGCUUUAGCAGCCAUUCCUUUCGAAUUCCCUACCAUGUCUCCUGUCACGGAAAUGUCGCGUGCACGAUAUAUUUACGGAUGUAGCACUACAGACGAGUCAUUUGGCGCGGCACUAGGCAAAGCAACCAAAAUCGACAUACUUGUGAGAGUCGAUGUGCAGACUCUACUCAGUCGCGCUGAGCAAUCAGCACCUCAAGCUAUCACCGGCUGCGUCGACACCCGUUCGAUGGACCAGAUCCUUGCAUCAAAGGAUCGCAAUGAUCCCAUCAAAGCGUUCAAGCUUCCGCCAAACCAUUACGGUCAGGAAGCUAGAUUCGUGCCUCGCACGUCGACCAAGAGUGUAGCCGAUGAUUGCGCAGACACAGCAGAGAAGGAUGGUUACCUACUCUUCUACGUUUUCAAUGAGAAUCAGUUAGACGAAAACGGGGAAUGUAGAGCAGAUGCAGAGAGCGAGUUGUGGGUUUUGGAUGCAAGUGACAUGCAAACUAUCAUUUGCAAGGUCCAACUCGGAGCUAGAAUACCCUAUGGCCUGCACGGAAACUGGUUCACUGAAGAAGAUAUUGCUCAUCAACGAGAAGUCGCGACAGUGAGAUCCGAGUCGGAUGGGCAACUCGAGGCGGGAUCGAGCAAUUUGCGGAAAGCUCUCUUUAGUUAUUUAGGCUAG